AAAUCCAAGCCAAUUCUUCGUCUCUGGAGCACCACGGAAAAUGGAACCGCCCGAGGGAGCAGGCGGCGGCGGCGGCGCCGCCAAGAAGCCCAAGCCCUCGCCAGCGCCGUCGAUUGCGGCCCUCGGCGACGGCAUCCUCCGUGCCAUCUUCCUCCGGCUUCCCGACAUGGCUUCGCUCGCCAACGCCGCCCUCGCCUGCAAGCGGUGGCACCGCGUGGCCUCCGACCCCGCCGUCUUCCGCCGCUUCGACGCCCUCCGCCGCCCCCCGCUCGUCGGGUUCCUCCUCACCGACCGCGGCGACACGCACUUCCCCCGCCGCUCCCCCAACCUCCUCUUCGUCCACGCCACCCGCCGCAACCCCAAUCUGGCCGCGGCCGCCGCGGGCGGCGAUUUCUUCUUCGAGGACCUCCCCGCCGUCGAUUCGGACGCCGAGGAGGAGGGGUACGAGUGGGGCGAGUGGCGCGUCCGCGGCUGCGACGGCGGCCGCUUCCUCCUCUCCCGCGGCUGGGACGGCCGCGACCUCGCCGUCUACGACCCCAUCGCGCGGACCGCCGUCUUCCUUCGCCCAGGCCGCGUCUUCCGCGCGUGCACCCACGUGGUCCACUACGCCCUUGUCGUCGACGAGGCCGAUGGGUCCUUCCUGGUCAUCGGCUUUGAGUUCGACGGCGCUGUGUUCUCCUCCCGCACCGGCAAAUGGGUUAAAAUCAAUAUGGAAAGGGUCAAGCUGGAAAAGGGUACUAGAGGUCGUUGGCGUACUGAGUUAUUCGACAUCAUUAGCACGUUCACCAGCGACGGAAUGGCCGCUGGCCGCUUUGCUUACUGGAGGUCGGACACCAAGAAGCAGCGCUGGCGCUUCGAUCCCUUUGAGAGGAUCAUGGUGCUUGACACGACCACCAUGGAAUGGUCAGUCACCACUGCUCCAUUCCCCCCAGGGGAAUCCUACUGUGUGGCUGACAUGCCAGAGCAUGGUGGCCUGUGUCUCUUCUCCUGCGAGGAGCAAUGCCUUCAAUCCCUUCAUCUCUGGGUCCGCAGCAGCGACGGUGGAUGGGUGCUCAAGAAGGAUUUUCCCUUGCUGAAUGACUGGAUGAAGAACAUCCGGCGUGCUGAGUGGAUGAAGAGGAUACGCGUCUUGGCGGCGAGGGCUGGCUAUGUCUACAUGGAGUUCUGGUCAAUAAGGAAGGCUAAUUCCUACUUUCUUGUGUUCAAUACGAGAACCGAGAAGAUGUCAGUGUUCCCCAACAAUGCAGAAGACCCUCAUAGAGGUCCUGCAUUUCCAUUCUUCAUGCCCUUGGAUCCUCUGCUUGGACCAGAUCUAAAUGUUUAACGCACUAGAGAGGGUAGCCAUUGAUUUGCUAUUUUGUGGCGGCAUAGAUUUCAUCAGGUCCAAUUAUCACUUCUAGGUUUUGCUAAGUCAUCCAGAAAUCCUUUGGACAUGGAACUGCUGCAGCUGGUUUAAUAUCUUCAGAACCGUUCUUCUCCAGAUUUGAAAUGAAUUAAAGUUAUAUCUGCAUGUAUGAAUUAUCUUUGUGGCAAUAGCUUCUAUGUGAUGUGUCACAACUCGUAUGUUAGCUAUGACUUUGUUUAGCUGUUAGUUAAAUGAAACUUCUAUGGCUUAAUUUAAUUUCGGUUCCAUUUUCAUGUUUGCUA